AUACAAAAAGGAAUGAAAUAGUGAAGAGGAGUGGGAGACUAACGUUUAAUUCAAGAUAAAGAAAGAAAGAAAGGUAAUCGCGUUUCCAAAAACAAAAAAAGAAAGAAAGGUAAUCGCACCACGACGGCGGCGACGUGGCGGUCAUUUAACGGAAAAUAACAGACAAAUCAGCCUCCAGAUCAAGUCUUACUGCUGAGCUCCGACCAACCGUUGAUGGAGGCAAUCAGGAAGCUCAGAGAUCAGGUCGCCAAGCAACAGCAGGCUGUGUUCAAACAAUUUUCUGGUGGCAUAUAUGGGGGAUCGGAUAAUGUUGCCUCGGAUGAAAAUGAAUUUCAACAGCAUCAGAAACUCGAGAAGCUGUACAUAUCAACUCGUGCUGCCAAGCAUUACCAAAAGGAAAUUGUCCGCGGAGUGGAAGGUUACAUUGUGGCCGGUUCAAAGCACGUUGAAAUAGGUACCAAGCUUUCUGAAGAUAGCAGGAAAUAUGGUUCUGAAAAGACUUGCACCAGUGGUAACACACUGGCGAGAGCUGCACUGAGUUUUGGAAGAGCUCGGGCCCAAAUGGAAAGAGAGUGCGGAGUUCUACUUAAAGCCCUUGGCACACAGGUUGCAGAGCCUUUAAGAGCAAUGAUAGUGGGAGCGCCCUUGGAGGAUGCUAGACAUCUUGCUCAACGAUAUGCUAGAAUGCGGCAAGAAGCUGAAGCUCAGGCUAUAGAUGUUUCCAGACGCCAGGCCAAAGUACGGGAUUCUGCAGCUAAUGCUGAUAUUAUCAUGAAACUAGAAGCUGCUGAAGCCAAGCUUCAGGAGCUGCAGUCUAGCGUUGCAAUAUUGGGAAAAGAAGCUAGUGCAGCUAUGGCUGCUAUUGAAGGUCAACAACAAAGAUUGACUCUUCAGCGGCUUCUUGCGAUGGUGGAAGCAGAGCGCAACUAUCAUCAGAACGUACUUCAGAUACUUGAUCAGCUUGAAGGCGAGAUUUUGUCAGAAAAGCAGCGAAUUGAAGCAUCACCUAGUCCGCCUACAGAGGACACUAUGCCUCCGCCACCAUCGUAUGAGGAUCUCAGCCGUAGCUUUGCUUCUGAAACGUAUGAUGAAUUGACAGAAUUGAGGGACUAUUUCUUAGGAGAGGUUAUGUACACCUUCCACGCUGUAACCGAUGUGGAGUUAAGUUUGUCAUUCGGGGAUUAUGUCGUUGUCCGGAAGGUAUCAAACAAUGGCUGGGCUGAGGGUGAAUGCAAGGGAAAAGCCGGUUGGUUCCCCUUUAAUUACGUUGAAAAGCGGGAGCGUGCGCUUGCUAGCAAGUUGGCUUAGCGUCAUCCUCAAGAAAGAUGCGAUGCAUACACAUGGAAGGGCUAAUACUUUGUAUAUCCGCUAUAGUCCAACCCAAUGUCGUCUUGGGCUCUCUCAGCACCCUCAAAAGCUUUUCUUCUUCCACCUUAGUCAACUUAGAAUCAAUAAUAACGGGUAAUGUUUCCGACUCACCAAGGUAGGCAUACUUCAAGUGCUCGGGUAGUUGCUUGAGUUCCUCAAAGGGAGAAGUUCCUCGAAAAGCUGGCGACCUCGGACAUGAUUACCUGGAACUUGUUGCACACUUUUAACCUCAACAAUCGCUGGUAGUGCGUUAAGUGCAGCUUGCAUUUCAUUAAGUUCA